AUGCGGAGCGGAACGGCAUCCCCUUUACCAGAGGCGAACAGCCGCGCGCGCAAGCAGUCGCAGAUGGUUCGCACGAUUGCCUCGUCAUCUAACGGUGCUUGGCGCUACGUUACAUGCUCAUCGUCGCUUCUCUUCGACGGCGAGGAUGGUAGUCCCACCGCACAGCCUAAUGACAAUGCAUUUGAUGAACAAUCAGAGCUGACUUAUGCAUCGCCGCCUGGUUACAGAGAAUCUGGGUCGCCCGAAGUGCUGCCACUACACACUCCAAACUCUGCCUCCACUACCUCCGUAGCCAUUUCCUCCCAAAGUCAGCCCAACAACUACUACAGAACUCGCCAAGAUGUUCACUUCCCUGUGAAUUCCUCGGCCUCGUCUCUUUCGUCAACGGUCCCGCGCCCCACUGCUCAAUCCGCGCAACCACUUGAAAGUACCCUUUCAAGCUACCAUCCCCAACAUGUCUCAAUAAACUCUCACAACAACCGUCCCCGGACGUCUUCCGUUUUUGUAUCUACUACGGAUCUGGCAAAUCACUAUGGCAUCCCCACGAUUCUCCCACCUGCACCACGUACUACACCUCGUAGAUCACCGCAAUCUGAACCACAGUCAACUGAAUACCCCGACUUCGCCGCCCUCUCUGCUAAUUAUUUGAAUAUGCUAAAAUCGACACCGGACGCUAAUUCCGCGACUGCAGACACGACCUCAUCAGCUAUGGAUACCAUCAACCCUGCAGCCUUGUCGUCCCCGGUGGGACAAUUCACCGACGAGGACUUCUGUAGGGCUCUGAGGGACGUGCUUGAAGGUGAAUUGCUCACGUACUAUGAUUCCGACGAAGAGAUGACUGACAAAGACUCAGCGGCACCGCCCACUCCAAACACCUCCCCAGCUAUGCCGCCGUCGCCUGAGUUCGACGAGUUUCUCACUUCGGCCUCCCCUUAUACCCCUUACACUCCGUUCGAGGAUGACAUCGAUACACCUUUGUUCGCUGACGCAGCCAUGCUCACUGGUCCCCUCAUCAGCGGGCUUGACGAUAACAUGGAUCUCUUCGGAGGCGUUCAGCCCGAGACUUCCGAAAAGUCGGCGCAACCUGCGGUCCCACCUCUCCCCGACCACUCACAGUGGUACACGAUGUCCCCCGACACACCAUUGUUGGAUCUCGCCCCCGCUUCCUAUCCUUCUCCCGCUCUCGACUCUUCCAAGCCCGUCGCCCCUCCCCCUCGUCGCAAGUCCACGGCCACGGGUACGAGGAAGAACAUCACUCCUGAUACCUUGGUGCCGCUCGACGCACCAACGCAGCCGCGCAAGUAUAUCACCCCUUCUGUGACGUCGAGGAAGGAGGUGCCGGCUACGUUCCUGCGCAAGCGAGCGCGUUCCCAGGCAUUCAAUGAUGACGAUGAGAUGCCAGAAGAUGCUCCCGGUCCCAACGCCACCGAGAAGGAGCAGAUUGAGUGGAAACGUCGGCAGAACACGCUCGCAGCUCGUAAGAGUCGGAAGCGCAAGCUCGAGCACCAACAACAGCUUGAAGACCAAGUACAGGCACUCUCUUCCGACCGCGAGAAGUGGAAGACUCGUGCCCUGAUGCUUCAAAAUAUGCUCCAUAGCCACGGCAUCCCAUUCGCUCAGUUCGAAGACUAA